AUGGUAAUACGUAUUGCCAUAUCGGAAAUACUAUUAGACACACUGGACGCACUCAAGGAGGCAGGGAUUGACCGUACAGAUGAGGAACCCUGCGUCUUCACCGACGGCAAAAUUCUGGUCCUUGUCUAUGUCGAUGAUAUCCUGAUCCUCAGCCCGCCGCAAGAAAAGGAAUCUGUGGACAAGCUUGUCAAGUAUCUGCAAGGCAAGUCCAACCUUCGCGAAGAAGAAUUUAAAUGGUAUCUUGGCAUCAGAGUCAUAAGAGAUCGACCAAGCCGGAAGAUCUAUCUCUGUCAAGAUGCCCACGUCGACAAAAUUGCGCGAAAGUUCAAGCUCUGCGACUCAAAGCUUCGAGUAUCAUCGAUUCCGAUCACGACUACUCCUCUUGUUAAGCAUGAUACACAGGCUUCCAAGGAAGAGAUUCAAGCAUAUCAGGAAGGAGUUGGGUCUCUGAUGUAUAUCGCAGUCAUGACCAGGCCUGAUAUAGCACGAGCAGCUACACAGCUUGCAAGGUUCCUGACAAACCCAUCACCCGAGCAUCUUGCUGCCGCUGACCAAUGUAUCCGCUAUCUCUACACGACAAAGUUCCUUGCCAUCGUCUAUUAUGGGAUGCACGUUGGAGAAGCACUUGUGAUUGCAAGUGAUGCGUCAUUCGCGGACGAUGCUGAAACCCGACGGUCGUCGCAGGGAUAUGUAAUGACACUUUUCAACGGACCAGUUGUGUGGAAGGCUGGACUCCAGGACACAGUUACGACUUCGACAACUGAGGCAGAAAUCUUGAGCUUAGAGAGAACAGCCAAGGAAAGUUACGCCGUAGACCGACUGCUCAGGGACAUUUCUCUUGAUCUUGGACCUCUCAAGAUAUACUAUGACAAUCUUCAGUCAAUCCGACUUGUGGUUGAGGAAAACCAGAGAGUCACAACGAAGCUGCGACACGUUGAUGUUCAGAACAUGUGGCUGAAGCAAUAA